AUUUUAAGCUGGUUUCAGGGAUUUAUUUGGGGGAUUCGGUCCUGAUUUAGGGGAUUUCAAGAUGAUUUAAGGGAUUUAGGCCUGAACUAGGGGAUUCCAAGCUGAGGUAAGGGAUUUAGGCCUGGUUUAAGAGAUUCAGAGAGGCCCCAGCGCUGGUUUUGUGUUUCAGGCCUCACCUGGGCCCUGCCUGAGGGGCCGCGCCGCUCCUUUCCGUACAGCCGUCCUUCCCACAAUCCCUGUCUGCCAAAGCCCUUCCCCUUCCGGCACCACAGCCGCAUCCCAUUGGUUUACCUGUUUACCGCCCCGUGUUUCGCGGCGCUGAUUGGCUGCUCGGCCUAUCCAUCACGGUGGUUGCCAGGCGACGCCGCCAUUUUGCGUCCCGACCAUGGCGGCACAGGAGGGGAUGGCGGAGCCAGCGUUGCAGCCGGUACCGGUGGCGGCCGAAGCCCCGCGAGCGGACACGGCUUUGACCGUACCGGUCCAUGGCUCCGUGGCCUAAUUGGCCCCGCGUGUGGGAGCCCGUACGGCGCUUUUUCGUACAACCCUCCCUUCCCACCACCCCUUUCUCCCUCCCUUCCGACGGCGUGCCCGCACCCCAUUGGCUAAUCACCUCCACCUCCCUGUAUUCGCGGCGCUGAUUGGCCGCUCCACCCGGCCAUCUCGCCGUUGCCAAGCAACGCGGCCAUGGCGGCGGUUGCGAAGGAGGCCGCGGCCAUGGAGGAGGCCAACAACGAGGCGGCGGCGUCCGCGGCGCUGUCGGAGCUCACGGCGCUGCUCUCCCCGUCCUGCCCCGCCGCUCCCGAAGCGGCCGAGGCCGCUCUGGCGCUGUCGGGCAGCGCCUCGGGCCGGGCGCUGCUCGCGGCACACCCCGCGGCCUUGUCGGCCUUGUCCGCCCUGGCCGCCUCGGCCUCGCGUGGAUCCCGGCCCGCCUUGGCCGCGCUGGUGAACGCAUCCUCCGAGCCCGCCGCGCUGGAGCCGCUCCUCCCCGCCGUGCCGUGGCUCUCCGCGCUCCUGCCCGGCUCCGCGGCGGCCUGCGGCGUGUUGGCCAACCUGAGCCGCGAUGCCGCGGCCGCCGCGCGGGUGCUGCGGGCGCUGGGCCCCGCGGCGGAGGCGCUGCUGCGGGCGCUGAGCGCGGCGCGGCCGCCGGCGGAGCUGGGGCCGCUGCUCUGCAACCUGAGCCGGGCGGGCGAGGCGCGGAGCGCGCUGCUCGAGCCCUCGGGGCGGGUGCUGCGGCGGCUCCUGGCCCUGGUGCGGUGCCCGGACUCGGCCGUGAUGAGGAGAGGAGUGGUGGGAGCGCUCAGGAACUGCUGCUUCCAGCACGAGAACCACGAGCGGCUGCUGAGCGCCGAGGUGGACGCGCUGCCGUUCCUGCUGCUCCCGCUGGCCGGCCCCGAGGAGCUCCCCGAGGAGGAGAUGGAGCAACUCCCCGUGGAUCUGCAGUACCUCCCCCCGGAGCACCGGCGGGAAGAGGAGCCGGAGAUCCGCAAGAUGCUGCUGGAAACGUUGAUGCUGCUGGCGGCCACCAAGCCCGGCCGGCUCCACCUGAGAUCCCGAGGUUCCUACCUGGUUCUCCGUGAGCUCCACGCCUGGGAGAAGGACCCCGAGGUGCUCAGCACCUGCCAGAAGCUGAUCCAGGUGCUGAUCGGGGACGAGCCGGAGGCGGGCAUGGAGAACCUGCUGGAGGUGACAAUUCCCGAGGAGCUGGAGCGGCGCCUGAGGGACCUGGACAGGGAGGAGGAGGAGCAGCGGAGGAAGGAGCGGGAACACGAGGGGACGGGGACGGCCAGGUGACACCGGCGCGUCACCGGGAGGUCACCGGGAGGCCUCCAGGGGACAGUGGGGUGUCCUUGUGGUGACACAGUGCGGUGAUGUCCCCAAAAAAAACCACCGCGGUGACAACAGAGUGUCCUUGAGGAGCCACCGUGGUGACAAUGGGCUGGUCACGAGGGUCAUGGUGGUGACAAUGGGAUGAUGUCCCCAAAAAGCCACCAUGGUGACAGUGGGGUGGUCGUGAGGAUCAUGGUGGUGACAGUGGGAUGAUGUCCUCAAAAAGCCACCGUGGUGACAAUGGGAUGUCCCCAAGGAGCCACCGUGGUGACAACAAAGUGUCCUCAAGGAGCCAUCUUGGUGACAAUGGGCUGGUCCUGAGGAUCAUGGUGGUGACAGUGGGAUGAUGUCCUCAAAAAGCCACCGUGGUGACAACAAAGUGUCCUCAAGGAGCCAUCUUGGU